AUGGCCGGUUGUUCUUGUUUCGACCCGCGCGCCGGCAAGGAGGAGAAGAUGGGCAAAAGGCCUGCAGACCACAGUACAAUCGUUUGCCAUUGUUCCCACCAGGGGGCAAGGGCGGCGAGGGUGACUUUUGCUGCUGCUAGUUGUGGAGAGUCCAAACCAACGUUGAACGACGAGGGUGAAGACAGCCAGAACGCGUCCCCCGUCAUCUUCUCUGAGCUGGUUUUGGGGGACGAAACGAACGUAUCGAUGACCUCGGAGCAGGCUUGUCAGGCGCCUGUGGCAGCGAGUACUGAGUACGGCGCUCCCGCAGUGCUGGGCAAGCAGAGCUCCGGGUUCCUGGUUGUGCCUGGGACAUGCCAGCAGCGCAUUAGCAGCAGCAGGCAUUGGAAGCCGGACCAGGAGGCCAGGAACGGUCAAGCAGCAAACGCGGGGGGAACAUGCCAACGACAGCGCGGGAGUGAGUGCUGUGCCAGGGCUCCCACACAAGCCGGGUCUCCGCAGGCACAUUUUCCCAGGGCCGUUACAGAGAGUACUUAG